GCGACGGUGAGGGGCGGUGGCUCAACGGCGGGAGAUUCAAACCUGGAAGAAGGAGGAACAUGGAGAGGAAAGCAGAGGUCCCGGGCCGGACAGCCUAUGAACGCCUCACAGCUGAGGAGAUGGAUGAGCAGAGGCGGCAGAAUGUUGCCUAUCAAUACCUGUGCCGGCUGGAGGAAGCCAAGCGCUGGAUGGAGGCCUGCCUGAAGGAGGAGCUUCCUUCCUCAGUGGAGCUGGAGGAGAGCCUUCGGAAUGGAGUGCUGCUGGCCAAGCUGGGCCACUGUUUUGCACCCUCCGUGGUUCCCUUGAAGAAAAUCUAUGAUGUGGAGCAGCUGCGGUACCAGGCAACUGGCUUACAUUUCCGUCACACAGACAACAUCAACUUUUGGCUGUCUGCAAUAGCCCACAUCGGUCUGCCUUCGACUUUCUUCCCAGAGACCACGGACAUCUAUGACAAAAAGAAUAUGCCCCGGGUAGUCUACUGCAUCCAUGCUCUCAGUCUCUUCCUCUUCCGACUGGGAUUGGCCCCUCAGAUACAUGAUCUAUAUGGGAAAGUGAAAUUUACAGCUGAGGAGCUCAGCAACAUGGCAUCUGAACUGGCCAAAUAUGGCCUCCAGCUGCCUGCCUUCAGCAAGAUCGGGGGCAUCCUGGCCAACGAGCUCUCGGUGGAUGAGGCUGCAGUCCAUGCAGCUGUUCUUGCCAUCAAUGAAGCAGUGGAGCGAGGGGUAGUGGAGGACACCCUGGCUGCCUUGCAGAAUCCCAGUGCUCUUCUGGGGAAUCUCCGAGAGCCUCUGGCCGCCAUCUACCAGGAGAUACUGGCCCAGGCCAAGAUGGAGAAGGCAGCCAAUGCCAGGAACCAUUUUUUGCAGGAUGGCAGAGAAAGCCAGGACAUCUAUGACCACUACCUAACUCAGGCUGAAAUCCAGGGCAAUAUCAACCAUGUCAACGUCCAUGGGGCUCUAGAAGUUGUUGAUGAUGCCCUGGAAAGACAGAGUCCUGAAGCCUUGCUCAAGGCCCUUCAAGACCCUGCCCUGGCCCUGCAAGGGGUGAGGAGAGACUUUGCUGACUGGUACAUGGAGCAGUUGAGCUCAGACAGAGAGCAGAAGGCACAGGAGCUGGGCCUGAUGGAGCUUCUGGAAAAGGAGGAAGUCCAGGCUGGUGUGGCUGCAGCCAACACAAAGGGUGAUCAGGAACAAGCCAUGCUCCAGGCUGUGCAGCGGAUUAACAAAGCCAUCCGGAGGGGAGUGGCGGCUGACACUGUGAAGGAGCUGAUGUGCCCUGAGGCCCUGCUGCCUCCAGUGUACCCUGUUGCGUCGACUGUGUACCAGCAGGAGCUGGCAGUGCUCCAGCGGCAGCAGCAGGGGGAGCUUGGCCAGGAGGAGCUCUUCGUGGCAGUGGAGAUGCUCUCAGCUGUGGUCCUGAUUAACCGGGCCCUAGAGGCUCAGGAUGCCAGUGGCUUCUGGAGCAGCCUGGUGAACCCCGCCACAGGCCUGGCUGAGGUGGAAGGAGAAAAUGCCCAGCGUUACUUCGAUGCCCUGCUGAAACUGCGACAGGAACGUGGGACAGACAAGGACUUCCUGAGCUGGAAUGACCUGCAGGCCACCGUGAGCCAGGUCAAUGCACAGGCCCAGGAAGAGAUUGAUAGGGUCCUCGCAGUCAGCCUCAUCAAUGAGGCUCUGGACAAAGGCAGCCCUGAGAAGACUCUGUCCGCCCUACUGCUUCCUGCAGCUGGCCUAGAUGAUGUCAGCCUCCCUGUUGCCCCUCGGUACCAUCUCCUCCUCGUAGCAGCCAAAAGGCAGAAGGCCCAGGUGACAGGGGAUCCUGGAGCUGUGCUGUGGCUUGAGGAGAUCCGCCAGGGAGUGGUCAGAGCCAACCAGGACACAAAUACAGCUCAGAAAAUGGCUCUUGGUGUGGCCGCCAUCAAUCAGGCCAUCAAGGAGGGCAAGGCAGCCCAGACUGAGCGGGUGUUGAGGAACCCCGCAGUAGCCCUUCGAGGGGUAGUUCCCGACUGUGCCAAAGGCUACCAGCGAGCCCUGGAAGGUGUCAUGGCAAAGAAACAGCAUCCAGCAGACACAGCCUUCUGGGUUCAACAUGACAUGAAGGAUGGCACUGCCUACUACUUCCAUCUGCAGACCUUCCAGGGGACCUGGGAACAACCCGCUGGCUGCCGCCUCAACACCUCUCACCUGACCUGGGAGGAGAUCCAGUCAGCUGUCACCAAGGUCACUGCUGCCUAUGACCGCCAACAGCUCUGGAAGGCCAACGUCAGCUUUAUCAUCCAGCUCCAGGCCCGCUUCCGUGGCUUUCUAGUUCGGCAGAAGUUUGCUGAGCGUUCCCACUUUCUGAGGACCUGGCUCCCAGCAGUCAUCAAGAUCCAGGCUCAUUGGCGGGGUUAUAGACAGCGGAAGAUUUACCUGCGGCGGCUGCAGUAUUUUAAAGCAAACCUGGAUGCCAUAAUCAAGAUCCAGGCCUGGGCCCGGAUGUGGGCAGCUCGGAGGCAAUACCUGAGGCGUCUGCACUACUUCCAGAAGAAUGUUAACUCCAUUGUGAAGAUCCAGGCAUUUUUCCGAGCCAGGAAAGCCCGGGAUGACUACAGGAUAUUAGUGCAUGCACCCCAUCCUCCUCUCAGUGUGGUACGCAGAUUUGCCCAUCUCAUGAAUCAAAGCCAGCAGGACUUCUUGGCUGAGGCAGAGCUGCUGAAGCUCCAGGAGGAAGUAGUUAGGAAGAUCCGAUCCAAUCAGCAGCUGGAGCAGGACCUCAACAUCAUGGACAUCAAGAUUGGCCUGCUGGUGAAGAACCGGAUCACUCUGCAGGAAGUGGUCUCCCACUGCAAGAAGCUGACCAAGAGGAAUAAGGAACAGCUGUCAGAUAUGAUGGUUCUGGACAAGCAGAAGGGAUUAAAGUCGCUGAGCAAAGAGAAACGGCAGAAACUAGAAGCAUACCAACACCUCUUCUACCUGCUCCAGACUCAGCCCAUCUACCUGGCCAAGCUGAUCUUUCAGAUGCCGCAGAACAAAACCACCAAGUUCAUGGAGGCAGUGAUUUUCAGCCUAUACAACUAUGCCUCCAGCCGCCGAGAGGCCUAUCUCCUGCUCCAGCUGUUCAAGACAGCACUCCAGGAGGAAAUCAAGUCAAAGGUGGAGCAGCCCCAAGACGUGGUGACAGGCAACCCAACAGUGGUGAGGCUGGUGGUGAGAUUCUACCGUAAUGGGCGGGGACAGAGUGCCCUGCAGGAGAUUCUGAGCAAGGUUAUCCAGGACGUGCUAGAGGACAAAGUGCUCAGCAUCCACACAGACCCUGUCCACCUCUAUAAGAAUUGGAUCAACCAGACUGAGGCCCAGACAGGGCAGCGCAGCUGUCUCCCCUAUGACGUCACCCCGGAGCAGGCCUUGAGCCACCCCGAGGUCCAGAGACGAUUGGACAUCUCCUUACGCAACCUCCUCACCAUGACUGAUAAGUUCCUUGUAGCCAUCACCUCAUCUGUGGACCAAAUUCCGUACGGGAUGCGAUAUGUGGCCAAAGUCCUAAAGACAACUCUGGUGGAGAAAUUCCCUGAUGCCACAGAGAGCGAGGUCUAUAAGGUAGUCGGGAACCUCCUGUAUUACCGCUUCCUGAACCCAGCUGUGGUGGCUCCUGAUGCCUUCGACAUAGUGGCCAUGGCAGCUGGUGGUGCCCUGACUGCCCCCCAGCGCCAUGCCCUGGGGGCUGUGGCUCAGCUCCUGCAGCACGCUGCGGCUGGCAAGGCCUUCUCUGGGCAGAGCCAGCAUCUGCAGGUCCUGAACGACUAUCUGGAGGAAACGCACCUCAAGUUCAGGAAGUUCAUCCAUAGAGCCUGCCAGGUGCCAGAGCCAGAGGAGCGUUUUGCAGUAGACGAGUACUCAGAUAUGGUGGCUGUGGCCAAACCUGUGGUGUACAUCACCGUGGGGGAGCUAGUCAACACGCACAGGCUGCUGCUGGAACACCAGGACUGCAUUGCCCCCAAUCACCAAGACCCCCUGCAUGAGCUCCUGGAGGACCUCGGGGAGCUGCCCACUAUCCUUGACCUUAUCGGGGAGAGCAUUGCUGCAGGUGGGCACACGGACCUGGGCAAACUAGAAGUGUCCCUGACACUGACCAACAAGUUUGAAGGACUAGAGGCAGACGCCGAUGACUCCAACACGCGUAGCCUGCUUCUGAGCACCAAGCAGCUAUUGGUGGAUAUCAUACAGUUCCAACCUGGGGACACCCUCAAGGAGCUCCUGUCCUUCUCGGCUUCCAGAGAGCAGGAAGCAGCCCACAAGCAGCUGAUGAGCCAGCGCCAGGCCUGUGCAGCCCAGACCCCAGAGCCACUGCGACGACACCGCUCGCUGACAGCUCACUCCCUCCUGCCACUGGCAGAGAAGCAGCGGCGCGUCCUGCGGAACCUGCGCCGACUUGAAGGCCUGGGGUUGGUCAGCGCCAGCAAUGGCUACCAGGGGCUACUGGACGACCUGGCCAAGGACAUCUGCAACCAGCACAGACACAGGCACAGGCGGAAAGCAGAGCUGGUGAAGCUUCAGGCCACAUUACAGGGCCUGAGCACUAAGACCACCUUCUAUGAGGAGCAGGGGGACUACUACAGCCAGUACAUCCGGGCCUGCCUGGACCACCUGGCCCCCAACUCCAAGAGUUCUGGGAAGGGGAAGAAACAGCCUUGUCUUCAUUACACUGCUGCUCAGCUCCUGGAAAAGGGUGUCUUGGUGGAAAUUGAAGAUCUUCCCGCCUCUCACUUCAGAAACGUCAUCUUUGACAUCACCCCGGGAGAUGAGGCAGGAAAGUUUGAAGUAAAUGCCAAGUUCCUGGGUGUGGACAUGGAGCGAUUCCAGCUUCACUAUCAGGUGAGAGGACAGUUCCAUGAACCUGCAAGACACCUGCUGGGCUUUAGGUGCUGGCCUGGAGAGAGCAGCUGGCCUCGCUUCCCUAGUCCUCAGAUGACACCAGCUCGGCUCUUCACCCGAUCAGUAUCUUCUGUUCCUGAAGAGAAGGGUGGGGGUCUGUGCAGCCCAAGGCCCCCUUUCCCCAUUCCCUGACACCCCACUACCAAGCAUCAGGGAGACUGGAGUAGGCCGCUGGUGUCAGAAACAGGAUUAAUAUUUGAAACCCUAUCACAUAUCAGGGACUUUACAUGUUACCUCCUUUAAUCCUCUCCACCGCUCUGAAGUAUUAUCCCCAUUUUACAGGCUCUGAGGCGAAAAGGUUAAGAAGCUGACCUAAGUCAUAGGCCAGUGUUCAGGAAAACUGUGUGUGUGUGUGUGUGUGUAUGUGUAUG